UCCCACACACAGUAACACAUAGCUCCUGCCACAGCACGUGAUCAUCAAAACUACCAAAACAGAAACUAAUGCUAUCUCUGUAAUUUAUUCAUAACCAUUCAUAGAGCAGGAGAGUCACCUGCUCUGCCGUCACUGAGGACGAGAAGUGUGGUUUAACAGCUUUACCUGUUUACAAGAGAAGAAGCUGCAAUGGCUUCCUCAGUUAACGUGCUACAAGAAAAACAGUUCCAGUGCACCAUCUGUAUGCAAGUGUUCACCGACCCGGUCACCACUCCCUGCGGACACAACUUCUGCCUUGCGUGCAUCCAGAGUGUGUGGGAGAGCAGUGACGUCUGCCAGUGUCCUGCCUGCAAUAAAUCAUUCAGCUCCCGGCCUGAAAUCAGCAUCAACACAGCCUUCAAAGAGCUGGCGGACACAUUUAGAAACAUCAUAGUCAGUUCGUCUGCUUCCCCGCUGUCGGCAGCCAAACCUGGGGAGGUGGUGUGCGACGUCUGUGCGGCGAUGUCCCAGCAGGUGAAGGCCAAGAAGUCCUGCCUGGGGUGUCUGACGUCGUACUGUGACGCUCACCUGGAGCCUCACCAGAGGGUCGUUGCCCUGAAGGUCCACAAGCUGAUCAAUCCGGUGAAGAACCUGCAGGAGAGGAUGUGCAAGAAGCACGACAGGCUGCUGGAGAUGUUCUGCAGGGACGAGCAGAAGUGUGUGUGCCAGUUCUGCACCGAGACCGAGCACAAAGGUCACCGGGCCGUCAAGAUAGAGCAAGAGAGUGUGGAGAGGAAGGUCCAAAUGAAGAAAACUGAGGCAGAUUUUAAGCAGAUGAUCCUGGAACGAGGGUGUAAAAUCGAGGAGAUCAAAAACUGUCUGAAGCUCAGCACUAUUAGUGCAGAGAAGGAGCUGAAGGAAAACGACCGUCUGUUUACGUCUCUGGUUCGCUCCGUCCAGGAGAGACAAGCUGAGGUCAACUCGGAGGUGAGAGAGAAGCAGAAAGCGGCCGAGAGGAGGGCCGAGGAGCUCACCAACGAGCUGCAGCAGGAAAUCGACGAACUGCAGAGGAGAAGCGCUGAGCUGGAGACGUUGGGGAGCACAGACGAUCACCUGCACCUCUUACAGAGGUUUCCCGCUCUUACUUCACCUCCGCCCAGUAAAGAGUGGACGGAGAUCGGCGUCUACCCCGAACUCUGUGUGGGGACAACGAGGAAAGCCCUGUCCAAACUGGACGACACCCUGAAGAAGGAACUGGACAGUUUGAAGAGAAACGAGAUGAAGAAGAUGCAGAAACAUGCCGUGGACGUGGUUUUAGACCCAGACUCCGCCCAUCCAAACAUCGUCUUGUCGCCUGAUGGGAAGCAGGUGGGCCGCGGAGAGCUGCUUCACAUCGUGCCAGACAACCCCCAGCGCUUUGACCCGGUCAUCUGUGUUGUGGGGAAGAGCGGCUUCCUGUCGGGCCGGAUCUACUUCCAGGUCGCAGUGGGGUCAAAGACCUUCUGGGAUGUUGGCAUUGUGAAAGAGUCCGUCAACAGGAAGGGGAUGAUCACUUCCAAGCCGGAGAACGGCUACUGGACGGUGCGGCUGAGGAACGGGAACGAGUAUCGCGCCCUGGACUCCCCCUCAGUACUCAUUCCCCUCAAGGAGAAGCCGCGGACAGUCGGAAUUUUUGCUGACUACGAGGAAGGGACUGUGUCUUUCUUCAACGUGGACACUGGCUCUCACAUCUACACCUUCACUGGGUGUUUGUUUUCGGAGAGGAUCUUCCCCUUCUUCAGCCCGGGCGUUUGCGAUGAUGGGAAGAAUACAACGCCUCUGAUCAUCACAGCUGUUAAUCAUUAGACGUAGUGACUCCAAGUGUGUUGCCCUGGUUGUUUUCACAGACAUAUUUUUCAUCUUUAUCCGGAAAUCUACUGUACACACAUCAGCAGAUUCAAAAAGUCUACAAUCACACUCAAAUACAGUGUUCUGACACCAUUUUACCCUUUACGUUAGCUUAAAUUGAGAUUGGACGAUACAGUGAAAAUUAUUUAUUUGAACAUUUUAUCCGUAAUUUAAGCUUUAAACUUCUACAAUGUGAUCAAAUUAUUUAAGUAAAUGGUUAAACAUGUCACACUAGAAUAACAAGUCAGUAAAGAUUUUUAAUUCAUGCCCGUUAUGGCAAACAUUUUGGUUGAAGCAGCUGCCCGUCACUAUCCAGGGCUCUUGCGCUGUAUCUAUUUAAACUGGAAUACAACCACUCAACCAGUCCAAUGCAUAACCAGCCAAUUCGAUAUUAUUUACCUGCUGACGCUUUGAUUCCAUGUUUAGCCGUUUUAAAUACGUAUAGUGCUUAAUUUUGACGGUUCUCUGAAAACUAGAUUAGUUAAACUGAAACUUAACUUGAAUUUAAGUUACUGUGAAGAUAUCCGCCUUGGGACAUCCCUAAAUAUGAAUCCUACAGUCAAAACAAACUGAGUGAAACUUUACAGUAACUAUGCUCACAGUUUUUCCAGCCAUUCAGAAAAACUCCUCAAAAGAGCUUUUACAUUAAAAAAAAAAAAAAUCUUAACUUGAUAUCAAUAAUGAUAAUACCGCCUUAAUUUGCACUUCGCUAGUUUUGAGUUCAGUCGCGCUGUAUGCUAGCAUAAUACUGUAGUUGUUUGCUAACGUCACAGACAUGUUUUCCUGAAAUGUGUUCUUCUUUGCUGCCCUAAAAACAGUAGUUAACAGUGGCAGCAAUGACCUAUACAAUGUAUUUUCUGUGAAGACUACUGUUUUCGAGACGAUACAAGUCCAUAUUUGAAGGUGCUAGUAAAUUAGGAUUUUCAGAUCAUUCCAAUCUCCCCGGUACCCAUAUCGGCUUUUUAGACUAUUGGAAUCUGUAUUGUCAGGACAUCUGUUCAAGGGACACAAACCUUUCUAUCUCAAAGAUGAAAGUUAUUCAUGAUUUCUUACAUUACUGUAUUAUCAAUUAUACCACUGUAGUAGUAUUGCAGUUAAAUCUUCUAAAAGCAGCUCAUGAAUGUAGGCCGAUUUGUGACAACAAACCAAACCAUGACAAGUACAGGUAAAAUCCAAACUUUGGCAUUGGCAGUAUAAAAUGUUUAUUUGUGUGCCUCAACUGUAUACCUUAAAGCCCUAAAUGUAAACCAAUCACACCUUUGCAAAAGUAUACCUUACAUGUUUGUGGUUGUGCUAUGGACUCAAGGGGCUAAGGGAAGUAUUGUACUUCGUAUUUGUAGCCCAGAAAAUGUAUUGACUAUUUCAGGCAUUCGGGAGGUGCUAGUUUACUUUUUGUUAUAAUUUAAAUGUAUUUUGAUCUGUUUCUCGUGGUGAUUUGUUUCUGAAAUAAAGAGUGUUUACUUGUUUGUCUCUGCA